AUGAUUAACCUUCUUCUUGAUGUUCUCGUGAUCGUCCUCCCCAUGCCGGUGCUGGUCAGACUGCAGAUGAGUAUCGAGAAGAGAGUCGGCAUGUCUCUUAUGUCCGCGGUGGGACUUGUAGUUACAGUCAUCAGUGUCCUCCGCCUCGUCGAGACAAUGGGGUUUAACGACACGACAAACCCAACCAGUAUGUUCUGUCCCCGGUCCACAGCUUUCUACCGCAAAGUUUAUGCCGACGCAGUGGCUGCCCGGUAUAGAGGACUUCGUCCCCGUCGGCGUCUGGAGCAAGGUUCUCUAAAUCGACGUAGGAAUUAUGUGCUCCUGUAUGCCCGGUAUUCGCGCACUGUGCAAGCGUCUGUACACGGUUGUACGCAAUCACCAAUUAUCCGCGGCAUCCAGUAG